AUGUCACUCACUCUCGCUUACUAUUAUGCACUGCUUAUUUUAGCUACUCUUGCUACUGCAACCGCAGUCCCUCAAUAUACAUUCUAUGAAGACCACAAUGACUUCCGUGUCUCAUACAAUCUCCCUACUGAUGUUCGGGAUAAAUACAACAUAUUACGCGAUAACUCAUCUUUAAACUAUUCAAUGAUUGGCAAUUACGGCGUUGCCACGUAUGUUAAUUUAGUAAACAUGUUACCUAAAUCAAUUGAACCUAUGAAGAUAGGUGAGACUAUGAACUAUCAUAUUAGAAAUAAUAUAUCAGAUGUUAGCAGCGUCAUUGCUGCAUUGGGCCUCGACUGUGUAGUUCUUGAUGACAAGUUAAAUGAAUUCUUUAAUAGUACUCCAAUUAGAAAAUCUUAUGAUGAUAGUUAUAUCUCCAAACGUAAUGAACAAUGUUCAGACGGAUGGUGGUUUAACCAUUAUGAUAGCCUUAUUAAGAUGUACGAAAGAAGAGGUAAUUUAAAGGCAUGGUUAAGAGAACACUUUUGGAUAAAUACAACUAGCUUCAUUAAAUUAGGGCGGAACAUGGCGACAGUUUGUAACUAUAUAGCUGGCGCACUUAAGCGUGGCUCAACCAAGACAAGUUGCAAUGGCUUUUCUUACUGGUUGAACCUUGAUGCACUUGGUGAAGAUAGAUUAACAUAUAUGGUGGGAAUUGCGCCUUUCACAUCUGGAAAGAAUUGUGAUACACAGGUUUCGAUUGAUUCCAUCAAGGCCCUUAUUUCUAAUUGGUUAAUAGAUACGGCUGACCAUAACAUGGCACCUUAUUGUACUAGGUUUCAUGAUGCUGGUAGUUGGUGGGCCGAUGUAAGAUUAAUCGUAUGGGAUGAGACAGCUAAUGUCGAGGCCAGAUUAUUUGGGCUAGUCCUUGCCAAAGCUAUUAGUUAG